GGUAGCACGAGGAAAAACGUAAAAAAAAAAGCAUAUCCAUCUCCUCCGAUGGCCGAUUCCAAGCGUACGGAUUUGUGUUAAAAACCCUCUCAAUCGAUAGAAAAUGGGCUCCGAUUCAUACUCAAGUGGAGGAGGAGGAGGAGGAGGAGGAGGAGGGAGUCGAGCUCGAAGUUUAGCCCUCAAAGCCCUAGUUCUCUUUGGAGGUGCCCUAAUUCUAAAGAGACUUCGAAAGUCGACCACGAGAUGGGACCACGCUCGUGUCGUUGCUGAGAGCCUCUCUGGUGAGAAGUUUUCAGGGGAGCAGGCUAGGAGAGAUCCUGAUAAUUACUUUAAUUUGAGAAUGCUCACAUGCCCCGCAACGGAGAUGGUAGAUGGCUCAAAAGUUUUAUAUUUCGAGCAAGUAUNUUGGAGAAACCCCUCGAAACCUUUUCGCCAAAGAUUUUAUAUGGUGAAGCCUUGUCCAAAAGAGAUGAAAUGUGAUGUUGAGCUGAGCUCUUAUGCCAUAAGGGAUGCGGAAGAGUACAAAAACUUUUGUGAUCGUCCAAAGGACCAGCGCCCUAGUGCUGAAGAAGUUAUUGGGGAUAUUGCUGAACACUUGACAACCAUAAACCUCUCUCGAUGUGAGCGUGGGAAGCGCUGCUUGUACGAAGGUUCAACAUCACCUGGUGGUUUCCCUAAUACCUGGAAUGGUGCUGCAUACUGUACAUCUGAGGUUACGAUUCACAAAAACGGUGAAGUACAUACUUGGGACAGAGGCUAUGAUGACGAUGGGAAUCAGGUUUGGGGAGCUAAAGCAGGCCCUUACGAGUUUAAGCCGGCACCUCCAUCAAGUCAUAAUGAGUUCAUCUCGCCGCUAAAUUUCACCUCACCAUUGUCAUUAGAAAAGAAAAUAGAGGGUUCAUUUGUAUUGAAGGAAUGAUGGCAUUUGUGAUGUGUAUAUAUUUGUUUACAUAUCGAAACCAAAUUUCUUUCUGACCUCUACAGCUGAUCCUUUGGAGAAAGAAAGCCAAGGUUAAUGGUGAAGUUCGAUA